AAAUUAUUUCUCCCCGCCAUCUCGCGUCCAUCUCAAUAUCCAGCACAACACCAUUCAAUUAGACUAUGCCUGUAUAUCUCGCCCUUUCCACCGAAUCUCUAUUAACUUGCUAACGAAACUCUCAGUUAAUAAUACUUUCCGGGUACCCAACGUCGGGCAAAACUUAUCGCGCAAAACAACUCCAAGAAUACCUCACAUCCCGAAUAUCCUCACUGCCCGCAACCUCUCCAAAUUCUUCCUUGCGCGUCCACCUCAUAUCGGACCACACGCUCUCAAUACCGCGACGAGUCUACAACCUAGAAUCGAAAGAUCAGCAUGAGCGCUCCAACAACUCCUCCGAGAAGGACGCUCGCGCAACCAUAUACGGCGCGGUAAAACGGGUGCUCAGCAAUAAGGACAUCGUGAUUCUGGAUGGCGGUAAUUAUAUCAAGGGAUGGAGGUAUCAGUUAUAUUGCGAAUCAAAGGCUGUGAGGACACCUCAUUGCGUUGUGCAUGUUGGUACGAGUGUAGAUGCAGCACGCGCGGUCAAUGAAUCGCGGCUUGCGGAGGAUAGUGAGGGGAAGGGUGAAGAGGAUCUUCCAUACGAAAAAGAGUGCUGGGAGAACUUGGUGUUUAGAUAUGAGGAGCCGAAUGCUUUUGCGCGGUGGGAUAGUCCGUUAUUCACAGUAGUCUGGGACGAUGAAACGCCGCCUGGAGAUGCGAUUUGGGAUGACAUAAUUGGAUCCGAUGCGGAGGGUGGGAAGAAAACUGUGAAGCCAAAUGCGGCAACGGUUCUGAAAGCUCCAAGUAGUGAAGAUUAUCUUUACGAGCUAGAUAGAACGACACAGAACAUUCUAAAUCGAAUCCUGGAAUGGUCGAAAGAUCAUCCCGGAGAAGGAGGCGGCGAGUUGAAUGUGGGAGAAGGAAAGGGAGAGGAACUGAAAGUCGAGUUGCCUGCGAAUUCUGUGGGCUUGCCAGCUUUGCAGAGGAUUCGCAGGCAGUAUAUUGGAUUGAAUAGGUCCAACGCUAUUCCGAUGAAGAGGAUCAAGGAGAGCUUCGUCGCGUACUUGAAUGACUCUUUUGAGUCUUUCUAGGGGUUGUAACGAAGGAGUGUUCAGAAGAAAGAAUUUCUUUGAAGGCUAUGCAUUAUGGAUUUAGAUGAGAUACCCAGGCGUUUAUAGUCUUUCGAUGUAGGAUACUCACAAACUUUCGUCGGAUUCUUUUACAAUUUAU